AAUUCAAACAAUGGCACAUGGCAUUGCAUAAUCCUGCUGAACACGGGGAAAAUCCCAGAGCCACCCUACUUAAAUGACAGAGAAAUGCUGUCUCUUUCACACUCCUAAAAAUUCCUUCAGGCGCUUUACAGCACCUCCUACUAAGCUACCACAGCAACACACUGAGACGGGCUGAGCCAGCACUCCAGCAAUAAGAAACCAUGGCAAGCAGCAAAGUGUUUUUCCUGUGCUCCCUCAUGAUCCUCACCACCUUCAUCAGCAGCACACAGUCAGCAAGCUGCUGCCUGAGGUACACCAAGCGUCAGUUUCAUUGCCAACGGCUGCUGGGCUACACCAUCCAGACCAUGAAAAACUCCUGCGACCUCAACGCCGUUAUAUUCCACCUUCCUGGGAAGUUUGUGUGUGCCGACCCUUUAACCAACUGGACCCAGAGAGGGAUGAAGUGUGUGGAUGAAAGGAGGAGGAAGACCAGUCAGAUACUCACAAGCAGAACGCCAGGCAACACAUCUCCAUACAGCGGUUAAUAUGUGCAGCCCAUGAGACUAAUUUUAAUGCAUUCCCAAACCCAAGAAACCUGCCUAUGAAGUACCGUCCUGUUAAAUUAUCUGAUUAUAUAUGUUCUGUUUUGUAAACAGGGAAGUGUAGUAUUCUUAAUACAUAGUAAACUGUACAAUAUAGAGACAGACCAUCAGAUGUAAUGAAAACAUUGUUUUUAAGAAGAAUAUAUAUAUGUAUACUUUUGUAAAGUUUGUGUUGAUAAACCUUGACAUUUUGAGGCCAGAGAAAAGCAGUGUGAAAGUGGGAGAAUUUUAUUGUAAUUUAUUGUCAAAGCAUUUAUUAAAACAGAGAUGUUAAUGAUACA